AGAUUUGUCUGAAGCUGUACUUAAUUAGUGCUCUGCCCCUGAAUUCCGAGCUCGAACCUAUAAUCUUGCCUCUGACUACCUUAAUUCCGAGUAACUUGUGAUCGGCUAUACAAAUUUUCACUGUCUAUGUCGCUCCAUAUAUUUCUAUGAGGUUAAAUUUUAGCAGAUUGCUCUUCAAGAAUUCAAUCUCACUAUCUCUCUCUUCAAGUGAAUUCCAAAUGUUAAGUACUAAGCACUUCAGUAAAUUUCCUUCUAUUCUUGAUUCUUCCUUUAACUUUAUUUAUUCUUUCUCAUGAUGGUUCUCCUUUAUUUUUUCUUUCUCAUGACGGUUCUCCUUUCUCCACACAAUAAUACUUUAAUCAACAUGAGGGGAGCUAUCUGAUUUAACAAUUAAAAAAGUUUCUAUGGUCAGUUUACCUCGUAGAAAAUCAGUCAAACUUACAAGGCCAGAGAGCACUAUAUAUACUAGUAGUUCAAAGAAUGCCUAGUAUCAACUGUGCUUUACUAAAUACCAAGAAAUUAGAGCUCUUCUAACCCAUUUCCAGCCAUGAUGUUCUUGAAGUCCUGUCUUGUUUUUUGCAUGAUUAGUUGUUUAUCAUGGCCAACUAUUCAGAGCCCUUUAGAGACUUAUAUAGUUCAAGUUGAAUCUACAGAAAGCCAAAUUUCCACUCAAUCUUUAUCAGAUCAGGAUCUAGAGAGUUGGUAUCUUUCAUUUUUGCCAAAUACCAUAGCAACCACAAGCUCAAAUGAAGAAGUGCCGCGUUUAGCAUAUUCAUAUCGCAACGUGAUGAAAGGGUUUGCUGCAAGAUUAUCAGCGGAGCAAGUGAAAGAAAUGGAGAAGAAAACGGGCUUCAUAUCUGCGUGGCCGGAGAGGAUAUUGUCCUUACACACUACGCAUACUCCGAGUUUUCUUGGAUUGCAACUGAACACGGGUUUCUGGAGGGAUUCCAACUAUGGUAAAGGUGUGAUCAUUGGAGUCUUGGACAGUGGAAUUUCUCCUGACCAUCCUUCAUUUAGCGACGAAGGGAUGCCUCCACCGCCUGCUAAAUGGAAGGGCAAAUGUGAAUCAAAUUUCACUACAAAGUGUAACAACAAGCUCAUUGGUGCGAGAUCUUACAUACAAGACAAUCCUUCGCCAAUAGAUGAUGAUGGACAUGGCACUCACACGGCCAGCACAGCUGCCGGAGGUUUUGUGAAGGGUGCCAAUGUGUAUGGGAAUGCUAAUGGCACUGCAGUUGGGGUUGCCCCUCUUGCGCAUUUAGCCAUCUAUAAGGUUUGUGACGCUUCUGGUUGCCCAGACAGUAACAUUUUAGCUGCCAUGGAUGCAGCCAUUGAUGAUGGUGUUGAUAUCCUAUCCCUUUCCCUUGGUGGAUUUACUAGUCCCUUCCAUAAUGACCCCAUUGCGCUUGGUGCAUUUAGUGCAACCGAAAGAGGCAUUCUUGUGAGUUGCUCUGCAGGCAAUAGUGGUCCAUACAAUAAUUCUGUUGCAAACGAAGCCCCAUGGAUUCUGACAGUAGGUGCAAGCACUCUUGAUAGGAAAAUUAAAGCAACCGUUCAACUCGGAAACAAACAAGAAAUCGAGGGUGAAUCAGCUUUCCAUCCAAAGGCUUUCAACUCAACAUUCUUUCCUCUGUAUGAACCUGGAAAAGGUGAACGUGAAUUUACCGAAGGCUCUUAUUGCCAAGAUGGGUUAGCGUACACUUCUAAUGGAGGCAAAAUAGUUUUGUGCCAGGUAGGUGGUGGUAUUACAAGGGUUGCAAAAGGACAAGUCGUAAAGGAUUCUGGAGGUGUUGGCAUGAUUAUUAUCAAUGAUCCAGAAAACGGUUUCACAACAUCAGCCGAUGCUCACGUCCUUCCUGCCUUGGAUGUUACUUAUGCAGAUGGAAUGAAAAUUCUUGCCUACAUGAAUUCAACAAAUAAACCUGUUGCCCGGAUUACUUUCCAAGGAACUAUAAUAGGAGAUAAAAAUGCUCCUGUGGUUGCUGGAUUUUCUUCUAGAGGACCAAGCACGGCUAGUCCUGGAAUACUGAAGCCGGACAUUAUUGGUCCUGGUGUUAACAUUCUUGCUGCUUGGCCUACCUCCGUGGAGAACAACACAAACACAAAAUCUACCUUCAAUAUUAUUUCCGGCACAUCCAUGUCUUGUCCUCACCUGAGUGGAGUAGCAGCAUUGCUAAAAAGCGCUCACCCCGCUUGGUCUCCAGCAGCCAUUAAGUCAGCAAUCAUGACAACUGCUGAUACAAUAAACCUCGCCAACAAUCCCAUCCUAGAUGAAAGGCUACUUCCUACAAAUAUCUUUGCGGUUGGUGCAGGACACGUCAAUCCGUCAAGAGCAAAUGAUCCAGGACUAAUUUAUGAUACCCAAUUCAAGAGCUACUUACCUUAUUUGUGUGGUUUGAAUUACACAAAUCGAGAGGUUCGAGACCUUCUUCAACGCAAGGUGAAUUGCUCGGAAGUGAAAAGUAUUCCUGAAGCACAACUAAAUUAUCCUUCAUUUUCCAUCAUACUCGGAGUGAAUUCUCAAACAUACACAAGAACAGUGACUAAUGUCGGAGAGGCUAAAUCAGCUUAUAAUGUGGAGAUUUUUUCACCACCAGGAGUUUCCGUGAAUGUUAAGCCGUCUACUCUAAAAUUCUCCAAGUUGAACCAGAAGUUGACAUACCAAGUGACUUUUUCCAAAACAACCAACAACUCCAACAGUACUGUAGUUCAAGGAUUCUUGAAAUGGAUUAGUAAUAGGCACUCUGUAAGAAGUCCAAUUGCAGUUGUGCUAGUCUAGUAGAACUGCAAGAUUAUUGGAUUUCUGAUUUUGUUUUAUUUCUAAUGAUUUUUCCUUGUUCAAUAAACAUGUAUGUGCUUAGAUUCCAGAUCUAAGGGUCAAGACUUAUUUAAAA